GGCGUCGUCUCUAGUAACUCUACGUUUGGGCGGUUUAGAAAUUGAUGAAUGAAUUCGUAAUUGCGCUCUUUUUUGCUGUUAGUGUAUCAUAAUAUUUGACCGAUAUGAACGAGAUGAAGCAGGAGAUGUCAGUGGCUAGCACAUCAACAUGGGAUGCGGGACCACACGAGACAAUGCCGACGAUGCCAAUCCUGGUCCCCACACCUAUAAAGAUGGUUCCUCCCCAUCACCACCCACCCGUCCCACUCGACCAUCACGUAAUGCCGGUGCCACUCAUGCCGCAAACUCCCCAUGGGAUGCCUGUACCCGGGCCCUUCAUGGAAGACUUGCCACCUGAGCUUGUGCAGCAGGGGUGGAAGAAGUUGUGGAGCAAACGAGAGAAUCGUCCGUACUUCUGGAACAAACUUACGGGGGUCUCUCUAUGGGAGAUGCCUAACAACAAGCCACAGUUUGAUCCGAUCACGGACCCUUUGGGCAUAAGUGGACCAGGAGCGAUGAUCAAUGGACCACCCAUGCCUGUCAAACGAAGGGCCUCUGAGGAAGUGGUGGGCAGUCCUGUAGCUAAGAAGUUUAUUCUUGCGGGACCUUGGGACUUGGAGAUAUCUACGAAUGUCAUCAUCUACGAGAGGCCCCCCAUAGUCAUCCCUCAUCCCCAUCCUGAGGUAGAAGCUUUCCGCUGUUCUUUACUGACCAAACUACGCAACUGCUAUCAGGAGCUCUGUCACUCAAGGGAAUCCAUAGAUGCACCAAAGGACUCGUUCAACAGAUGGUUGAUGGAACGCAAGGUUGUUGACACAGGUACAGACCCACUGUUGCCAAGCCAGUGUUAUCCUGAAAUAUCUCAGUGCAUGUACAAGGAGAUAAUGAACGACAUUCCCAUCAAGCUGGUGCGACCAAAGUUCACCGGAGACGCUAGAAAGCAACUUUCAAGAUACGCUGAGGCCGCCAAGAAAAUGAUCGAGUCCAGGAACGCCUCACCAGAAAGUCGCAAAAUUGUUAAAUGGAACGCGGAAGAUACGUUUCAAUGGCUUAGGCGGACAGUGGGAGCAACAUACGACGACUUUCAAGAGAGGCUCGGCCAUCUCAAGAGACAGUGUCAGCCACACUUGACAGAAACGGUGAAAGAUUCAGUGGAAGGAAUCUGUCUGAAAAUUUACCUCCUGUCUUGUGAAUACGCCAAGAAGGUUCGGGAAAAACAUUAUGAACUGUUAAAGGAUAAUGGUAUACCAGAGCCAACACCACCCCAGCACAUGGCCAAUGUUCGCAAGGUCUGGUGCUACCCUGUACAGUUCUCCACACCCUGUCCUAGACUACCGACCAUCGACUACCUGCCUGAGAGAGACCAGCCGCUAUUGAGGUUCCAGGGUGACACAGUCAGCAUCAACACCACCCACUUGCACAAACUGGAACAGCUGUACAGGUUCAGCUGUUUUGAUGACAAGAAGUUUGAGCUGUUUCUGCCGCGGGUAUGGUGUCUGCUCAAGAGAUACAGCACGUUUGUUGGCCAUAGUGAGGCGACGCAGGCAGCUCUACCGGUCACUGUGCUGGAGAGUCUAAACCGCAUGUUUGGAGUGACGUUUGAGUGCUUCGCCUCCCCGCUCAACUGCUACUUCCGCCAGUACUGCUCUGCGUUUGCAGACACAGACUCUUAUUUUGGCUCCAGAGGUCCACUGUUGGAGUUGAAGGCAGUCAGCGGAUCUUUCAUAGCCAACCCUCCAUAUAGUGAAGAACUCAUGGAGGCCAUGGUCAGCCAUUUUGAGAGGCUGCUAUCCGACUCAAAUGAGCCGCUGUCGUUUGUUGUAACACUGGCUGAGUACAGAGACCCUCCACCAGGGGCACUGCUGAGGCUCGAGGCUAGUCACUUCAAGAGGAAGCAGGUUGUGGUGCCUGCGUUUGAACACGAGUACCGCCACGGCUUCCAACAUCUGGUCACCAAAGCUGAACUGAACGUCAGAUCGUCUCAUGGUACACUGGUAGUGUGGCUGCAGAACAACGCAGGGUUCCAGCGGUGGGGGCCUACUGAGGAGAGGGUGGAGGCGCUGCUAGACGCAUUCAGACCGGGGAAGGAGAGAGAGAGGGAUAGACAAGAGUUACUCUCCCCACAGAGGACAGAUCCUCCACCACCAGCACCCACUGACAAGUUGCCUCCACCUAAACCUGCUGAUAAAAUUAGCCCCGGACCAGGAUUUGAGGUUCUGCCUCCUCGAAGAGGAAUGCCCACUCCUCCUCUAAAUGUUAAGAACUGAACCAACUCAGCUGCAAUCUACUUGCCAUGAGACACACAGUCACUGAGAGGGUUGUCUAAUGUCUAGGCUUCUAGGCUAGCAUAGGUUUGGUUAUGCAUUUAAAUCAAAGUAGGGUUUUAAAACCAUCCUGUAGCUGGAGAUUGAGUCAGAGGCUGAGUGGUUUUCCUUUCAUUCUUUUCCCAUUAAGUUGUCAUGAUAUGAAGCUUAAUAUGAUAAAACUACCCAGAGUUUAUAGCAAGCACUCAAGCCCAGAACUGUUUUACACAAUCAUUAAAUCUGGUAAAGCCUAUGGAGCGUUGCAACAUUACCAUUUAGAUAAAAUCCAUUGGUGAUUAAAGCGAUUUUAACCCAGGACCUUGGCGGCCGAAGCUCCACCACUUAACUAGCUCGCUCCCUGGGUUUAUUGCUAUAUUUUAAUGUUGUUUGGCCUUAAUAAACAACAUGUUUAUGUUUUACGUAAGUUUGAAGCAUUAACAAAAAAUGUCUGCACUGCAUAAGUCAUCAAGUGAGUCUUGUAAACCUCAUUGUAUACAUUAAGAUCAUAUUCAAUCCCUUAAUUUGUACUGUAAAUGCUCAAGAGCAAUCUCUUUUAAUUUUGUCACUUUCUAUUUACCACUUCAAUGGUUUUCAAGGUCUGAAUGGUUAAGAAUAGUUUACGUUCAACAGAUAGUUUGAACCUAAUUUGAAGACCUUGAAAAAAGUGCAAGAAUAAUUUCUUUGGAUAUAGGCUUACAGAGGUGGUAAAAUAAAGGGAAUAUGGUUUUGCAGUGUAUGUUUGAUGAAAAUACAUUGACCAAGUUUCGUAGGCUCACAAAAGUUGUGAUCACAUUUUAGCGAAUUUCCCAUAUUAGGAAAUUCAGGGAAUAAUUAAUUAAAGGAAUAAGGAAAUUAAAGGAAUAAGCUAUUACCCAUAGGUCUCAUGGUAAGACCUGGACCUGGGACCAAUUUACUUUUCUGUUUUGAGGUCCCCAAAGGCCAAAAACACCAUCCACUCAAAUUCAUCUAUAUUUUAGCGAAUUUCCCUAUAGGGGAAGUAGCUAUUACCGUAGGUGGCGUGGUAAGACCUAGGCCCGGGACCAACCUACUUUUCCAUUUUGAUGUCCCCAGAGGCCAAAAACGCCAUUGGUUCAAAUUUUUACAUAUGCAUGUGGCCGUGAACACGAUAACUUGAGUAAUUUUUGUCCGAUUUUGAUGAAAUUUGGUUUGAAGGUGUAAGGCGGGAUAAACUUGAAUGAGUUCGCGAACCAGCAUGAUCGUACCAUGGGAACGACAACAACUAAACAGUUUACAACAAGUAAACUGUUGUAGUUUGCUUGUUUAUGAAGAGAUUUGAAUCAAAUUUGGAAAAUGCAUUUAUUUCUUAUUAAACUAUUAACAUAAAAAUUUUUUUCCCCGGGACGAAAAUGAUAUAAUUUAUCCAGAAAAAUGGCUAAAUGUUUACUUAAAUACUCUAUACAACAAGUCUAUCUCGCCCCGGUCGCUACAGAACACUUCGACAAAGUACAACUAACUGUCGUUACACGACAGUGUUAGCAGUUUCAGCUUUUCCCAAUGGGUGAAAGCACGUACUGGGUCAUCACUUUUUGUGUCUACAAUAAACUGCAUUAAUGUCAUCACACGACGGUGUUUGUAGUUUUGACUUUCCCCGAUAAAUGACAGCGUCAGCACGUAAUGGGUAAAAAAAUUUAUUAUUUUUCCGUUUCGGAUUAAGUCAAUCCUAUUGUUGAGUGAGGAUGUAUUAUAUUAUGUUAUUAAUAUUUAUGCUAGGGUCUAUUCUUAAAAGUUAAUUUUUGUUAUAGAUUUUUAUAAAUUUACAUG